UGAUACCCUCCCUUCAAAGCAACUUCGAUACCAGAUACCAGCUCCAACCGAUCACUUGAUAUACCAGAGUCAUCCCCGAAGAUCCUUCAAUUCCAAAUAUUCGAAACCAAUUUACUCAGUGGGAGUGCGAUAAAUGAUGGAUGCUUGCAAUCAAGACCCGGAAGAGUUAUAUGUGAAACAAGACAAAAUCGGGAAGGGAUCUUUUGGAGAAGUCUACAAAGGAUAUGACAAGCGAACAAUGAAGACAGUCGCCAUCAAGAUCAUAGACCUUGAAAGCGCAGAAGAUGAGAUAGAGGACAUUCAACAAGAAAUACAGAUUUUAUCACAGUUAGACUCACCACACGUCACCAAAUACCAUGGAUCCUUCCUCAAGGGUUCUAACCUAUGGAUAGUCAUGGAGUACUGCUCGGGUGGCUCAUGCUCUGAUUUGAUGAAACCCGGCGUAUUUCGAGAAGAGUACAUCGCAAUCAUCGUCCGAGAGCUUCUCCGCGGACUUGAUUAUCUGCACACAGAGGGAAAGCUGCAUCGGGACAUCAAAGCUGCCAACAUACUGCUUUCCGCAACAGGCGAUGUCAAGCUUGCCGACUUUGGUGUGUCUGGGCAGCUAUCUGGAACUCUGUCCGCCAAGAAGAACACUUUUGUGGGCACGCCAUACUGGAUGUCGCCUGAGGUAAUCAAGCAGAGUGGUUAUGACCACAAAGCGGAUAUAUGGAGCUUGGGUAUAACUGCAAUUGAGCUGGCCAAGGGCGAGCCACCGUACGCGGAGCUCCAUCCGAUGAAGGUACUAUUCCUUAUACCCAAGAACCCCCCGCCGCAGCUGGACGGUCACUUCUCCAAACCAUUUCGGGACUUUGUUGCGUAUUGUUUACAACGAGAUCCCCGCGAUCGCCCGACGGCACGCGAGCUGUUGAAACACAAGUUUGUUCGCAUGUCAAAGAAGGCUAGUUACCUCACAGAACUGAUCGAGAGGCACGAGCGAUGGAAGGCUGAGGGUGGAGAUCGCGCGGAGGAAGAGGAACAAGUAGUUAAUCAGGAAUUACCCGCAAACGCCGACCUAGAAGAUCUCUGGGACUUUGGUACUGUCCGACACACAGGGCGGCCGGGGACGAUCGGGCGUGCACAGAACUCGAUCAAGGUCUCUGGUCCUCCCCUCACAUGGGAAAUGAACGGAACUUCUCGCGAGACAUCAACAUCGUCUUCCAUCACAGCAAAGAGGGCGUCCGGAUCAUCAGUAAGGUCCAAGACGGAGCUGCCGCCGUUGCCUUCGUCCUCACCAACGCUGCCAUCGUCACCACCAUCCGUACAAGCACCAACCGUAUAUGAGCAGGCUACCGUAAGGCACAUGCCGAGUGGGGGCCCCAGCAACGACAAACAAACGGGUCACGAGCGAGAGCCUUCGGAUGAGGAUUAUGGUGAUCAAUAUCUGGAUACGUAUCCCAGAGGUGCUACUCUUCACCAGAAACCGGAUGAGCCGGAGGACGAUGAGUUGCCUGAUACCACUAUGCUUGAUUCUGUGAUAUUACCUGCAAUAGCUUCGUUGUUCCCUCGAGUAUCGACACAGGAAGCGCGAGUCGCGCUAAGCGCCCUACAGCGGGCCUUUACAGAGGCUGAGCGCAUCAUUCCAGGCAUGACUAUGGAACUCGUGAAUGAAAUUGUGGACUCUGUGGAGCGAGUAGAAGAUCACUAGCAGUAGGCUACUGUACCAUCAAUAUCUUUGGUUUGCAGUCUUAAUUUCUUCCUUGCUUUCAUCGCUGUUUAGGACACUCUCGCUCCACGAACACGAACAUUCAUGCCUACCCCCACACACGCAUUCACCCCCAUCUUACCAUACCAUCUUGCCUGUAUAUCGUGUAGUUCUUAUUAGUAUGAAUGAAGAGUGCGGAGUGUCAAGGAAUAUCAAUGUAUUGAUUGAUCGUUGUAAAGAAGUUCAU